AUGUCCCGUCAUACCGACCACAAACCCAACCCGCGUCAAGCGAUGCGCAUUCUCGGCCUCGGUCUCGCCCGCACAGGGACAAACUCAAUGGCCAUCGCCCUCCGUCAACUGGGGUAUACGCCCUACCACGGCUCCAAGUGUUUCCAUAACCCGCCCCACGACUUCAAUCUCUGGAUUGCAGCUUUGAACCGCGCCUACGACACAUGUCUCGACAUUCCUGUCGCAGAUCUUCUGGCGCGAGCUGGCGAGCUGGCAAUCAAGCCUACCCCGACGCCAAAGUGA